GCACCAUUGACUAUAUUCGUUUUCACCGUAGCCAUUUUGACUUAUUGUGUAAAAAUAAGAAGUGAAUUUUACAUAGUAGAUAGCUCUGAAAAUUGGUACAAUGAAUAAUAAAGAUAAUUUUAGUGAAGAUAUCUUUGAAUAUAUUAAAGUUAGUGAAGAUGAAGAUGAUUCAAAUGCUGUAGAAAUUCCUUGUGAAUUAGACGGGACCUUAUUGCUAUCUACGCUAGUGGCACAAUUCCCUGGAGCUUGCGGACUCAAAUACCGCCAUCCUGAUAGCAAAACUAUUCGAGGAAUACGUCUUAGUGAUGGCAAAUUGCAUCCACCUAGUGAACAAGGUUGGGCUAAACUUUUAUUUAUUUGCGUUUUUCCAAAAGAAAAUAAACGCAAAAUGGAAGAUGUGUCACCGGAAAAUUCAGCGGCUAAAACAAAACGGUUAGAAAAGAAACUAACUUGUUCCGAUUUAAUAUGUCUCGGCUUACCGUGGAAAUCAACUGAAGAAUCGAUUAAACAGUACUUUGAAAAGUUCGGCGAAGUUGUCAUGGUUCAGUUAAAACGAGAUAAAAACGGACUGUUUAAAGGCUUCGGCUUUAUACGAUUUGCUACAUAUGCCUCACAAAUGCGAGCUCUUGCACAAAGGCAUAACAUAGAUGGUCGGUGGGUCGAUGUUCGUAUUCCUAACUCAAAAGAGGGAGUGGUACCACAAAUGCCUUGUAAAGUUUUUGUCGGCAGAUGUACAGAAGAUAUGACAGCAGACGAUCUGAGAGAAUAUUUUUCAAAGUUUGGUGAAGUGACAGAUGUAUUUGUUCCUCGACCGUUUAGAGCAUUCGGUUUCGUUACUUUCUUAGACCCAGAAGUGGCACAAAGUCUGUGUGGUGAAGACCACGUUAUAAAAGGUGCGUCGGUUUCUGUGUCAAGUGCUGCACCAAAAAUUAAAAGUAAGUCUAAUCCUAAUUGGAAAGAUGACUCUUAUGGCCCAAAUAAUUGGGAAGGAAAUCGAUCAGGUCCAUCGGGAGGUUCUAAUGGCAGUGGCAGCAACAACAACAUUGAUACUCUUAAUAUGCAAAACUUAGGCAUAAAUCCAAAUGGUGGUCCACCAGCUAACUUUAAUUUGCCAAUAAGUCUUGUUGCUGCAGCUUUGAACCAAGCUGGCUGGGGUGGAUUUUUGGGUGGUCCAGGUAAUACAGGUCCAAAUAAUUGGCAAGGUGGCCCUCCUCAAGGCAGUGGUGGUAAAAAUUGGAAUAACAAUCAAAAUUGGGGUCAAAAUGGACCUCCCCCAUCAUGGAAUCAAAGUAAUAAUCCAGGCUGGAAUGGUGGGAAAAAUGGCAAUUGGAACCAAGGCAAUUGGCCAAAUGGACAAGGUUGGGGUGGUAAUGGUGGGGGUGGUUCAGGGAGUUCAGGGUCUAACGGUGGAUGGAAUAACAACAAACCCCAGACAUGAGAUACAUGUUGCUGAUUUCGGAAUAAUCAAAUGAUGUAAAUAAUUUGGGAAAGAAAAACAUUGACAAAAUGUAUCUCAAAAAUUUCAAGAUGAAACAGAUGCGUGUACCAUGGAUGGUGUUGGAUAGAAAAGUCUGAUUUAUUUUUGUUGAAUAUUUUUUAUUAAAACAUUGUUGAAUGAGUUUUAAUAAACUUUAUAUUUACACAUG